AUGAGUGUCUCAUUAGACCGCUAUUCAAUGAUGAUAGUAUCAAAGUACUUUGAUAGUAUCAAUGACUUUUUGACACUCAUUAAAGUAUGUAAAAAAUACUUAGAAAUUCCAUCCAUGUUCCAUUACAACCCAGUAUCAAUUAAUAAUGAUAACAAAAAAUUGUUUCCUAAUGUGGAGACUCUGCAUCUCUACGUUAAUGGUGACUGGUUUCAUGAUGGAUAUUUUCAAUAUUCAGUUGACUAUCCCUGUCCCAUAAAAACAAUAAUAAAGAUAAGAAAAAAUAAGCGAGUGAUGUGUAAAGCAAUCACGUAUUCAUCUGAUGACAUCUAUCAUAAUAUACCUUACACCGAAGCAACUUAUUUCAUCCAUGACACUUUUGCUGGUCGAUACAGAGCUAUUGCUGAAAUGGAUUGCUCAAAAGUUAUAUAUUUUGGUUCAUCUUGCUUUUUGCAUAAUCAUAUAUUAUCAAGAAUCACAUUAUCUUCCAAUUUACAUGAAAUACCAAAAAACUGCUUUUAUGAAUGUACAUCCCUUCAAAGUCUUAAUUUGGAACAUGUCCACUCUUUUGGGUAUAAAUGUUUUGAGAAUUGUAAGAGCCUUUCUGCAUUAACACUGAGCGACUACAUUACACAAGUCGAAGAAGGCACAUUUGAAAAUCUAUUUGCAAUCAAAAGUGUAUGUGCAAACAAAUUAAAAGAACUUCCAUGUUACAUCAACGCUUCAUAUACAAAAGCUUUUGAAGGAAUUAAACACAAAAUUGUCACGAGUGAUACGGAUGUUCGUAAUGGUAUUUCACUGACAUUUUUAACAAAUAGAAUUGACCAUGGGGCGUUUAGUAGAAUUUCAGGUCUUUCGAAUGUCGACAUCCCCACUACAGUGACGUACAUUGGUAGUGCAUUUUAUGAUAGUGACUUAAAACGAUUGGAUUUAUCAUUUGUUGAACAGUUUAGAAUGGGCUCUAUUCCAAAAAUCACUGCAAUUACUACAAACUCGAAAAUAGACAUAUAUUGUCUUCAUGACUGUGAGACACUUAAGAAAAUAGAUUCAUAUGGUUCAAAUUACAUCAAUGGAAAUGUGGCAUGUUGGAUGAAAAGUCUUUUGGAGGGUAAAAACAUUCAAGUGAAAAAUUAUUGUUACUCAAGAAAAGAUUACAAAAUCUUUGAUGGGAUCAUUCCAGAAUAUGCAAAUUCAAUUGACUCUUGUAUUGUGUUUGGUGACAGUAAUCAUUGCAGUAUCAUCUUUCCACAAAAUUUGAACUUUAUACCACAUCCAUAUUUCUUUAACAAUAAUAUCAAGAAAAUUAUACUGCCAAAGUUGUUUAUACCAAGAGACCGGUUUUCUUUUGAACAAAUGGAAGCAAUCAAUUUGGAAGAAAUCGCACUUAACCCUGCGGGGUAUUUCUAUUUCAAAAAUAACGUGUCACUCACUUCAGUAACUUUUCUCGAUAAAACAAUUCAUCAACAUCUGAUGUUCAAACAGUGCAGUAAACUCGUUACCAUCACCGUUGAAAAUACACCAGAAAAUUACACAUUUAAUGAUACUAUGGAAAUAUCCGUUUUUAAAUACCUCAAAGAUCAAUACAAAUGCAGCGGAGAUGUCAUUUUAGAACAGGAGGAGCCUCUUGUUGAUGGAGUUCUUCAUGUUCUAGAAGGAGUCACCUUAAUUAAAAGUCAUUGUUAUCUCAAUGAUAUGGACUUAAAAGAAAUAUGGAUGAGUACCACUGUUCAAAGAGUUGAGAAUCAAGCAUUUCUGAAUUGUUCAAAUUUGAAAUUGGUCAAACUUCAACCUCGAAAAGUAAAGAUACACAAAAAGGCGUUCAAACAGGCGAAUAAAGACAUUGCUUUUGUUGUGAUUCAAAAUAAUUGA